UCUAUCUAAACAAUCGAAGGAGAUCUUCAAACAUGACAUUAAACAUUUAGAUUCAAAUUAUUUUUAUAAAGCUUUUACAAUUACGAGCAAAAUUUUAUGAUUAUACAAACGUGUCUUUUGUCAACUAGUCGCAAGCAUUACAUUAUUUGACUUACAAGUUCUUUGUUGUAGUACAAAUAUCUGCGCUUUACUUUUACCGGGCUUGAGUGCAAACCCGAUUUAAAGUCUUAUGUUUCCAAGAAAGAACGUGUAAAAUAAUUUGAAAAGCCUUUCAAAAUCUCUACUUAUAAAAUCAGUUCAUCAUGACAUUCGUGACUUUAAUAUGUCAAACGCUUUGUUUACAUUCUAUUUUUCUAGGUUAAAAAUAGUGAAACGUACAACAGUUAUUGACGAUUACAUGACUGUAACUCAAUGAUGUCAAUAAUUAAGCAGGGAUUAUUGUUACGGCUAUUUUUUACGAGUGUUAUUGCUUUUGUUUCAUUUCUCGGAGACUUAGGUUUGCACUAUGGAAAAACCGAAAUCGUACGAGCGAUUUCUGACAAUUUGACACAUGCGAUCGUAGGAGGGGCCACUUGGGCUUUAAUUUUAGUUUUGUUUAAAAAAUCUGUGAUAGAAAAUAUCGAAAAUGUGAUAAUUUGCUUUUUUAUGUCAUCGUUUAUUGACAUUGAUCACUUCAUAGCGGCCAGUAGUUGGGACAUUAACGAUGCCACUCACCUUCGCCACAGACCAUUCUUACAUUGUACUACAAUACCAAUAUUUCUGUGGGGAUUAAUGAGUUUCUUGUACAAGAUAACUCAUGCAUCGAAAUGGAUAACUUAUGGUACAAUGAUAUUGGCGAGCUUUUUAAGUCAUCAUGUUCGAGAUGGUAAUAGAAGAGGCUUAUGGUUUUGGCCCUUUGGUUCCACUCAGCCAAUUCCUUAUUACUUAUACAUAGUAAUAUGCAUUUUACUGCCUUAUACUUUACAAUUACUCAUGAGCUGGCAGCUUAGUAAAGACGAUGACAUCACAUCUUCUAUCAAUGUUGUGUGAACUUGUAAAAUAAAAAUUCUCAACCAGUGAAAACAAACCCUUAAGAUGGUACUUGUUGAAUGCCUUAUACGGUGGUAAAAGUAAAAAAUUAACUUAUAUAAAUCCAUUUCUAAUCAUUUGAUAUUUUU